UUAUCAAAAUUGCAGAGUCUACACCAACAUCAAAAAAAGUACAACUUGCGACACUUGCUACAACAGACUGGUCAAUAAAAGAGGUAUCUGAAACAUUGCAUGUAACGAACUAUGUAGUUCUAACUGCACGUAAGGUAACAUUUGAAAAUGGUAUUUUAACCAUGCCUAAUCCUAAAUUAGGAAAAGCUCUUCCUGAUGUAACAGUUCAACUGGUCAAAACCUUUUACAAAGACGAUGAACAUAGCCGUGUAAUGCCUGGUAAAAAGGACUAUAUAAGCAUAAAGAAAAAUGUCCACAUGCAAAAACGUUUGCUCUUAUGUCAUUUAAAGGAAUUGUUUGUUGCCUUUAAAACCAAGAACCCAGAAAUAGAAAUAGAAUUUUCAAGGUUUUGCACCUUGCGACCUAAAUGGUGUAUUACUGUUGGUGCCUCAGGAACACAUACUGUAUACGUCUGUGCUAUUCAUCAAAAUUUGAAACUGCUUUUACAUCCUCUUGGUGUUUCAUACAAAAAAUUGUUACCUUAUAUUGUCUGUGAUAUAACUAAUAAAGACUGUAUGAUGAGGAAAUGUGAAAAAUGCUUAGCAAAGAGUCAAGCAUUAUACCCAAGAUCAAGAAAGGAAGACAUGAAUGAGGCAACAGAACUAUUUCUGGGCGAUUUUUCAGAAAACUUUAAGUUUGUAGUUCAGGAUGAAGUGCAAAGCUUUCAUUGGACAAAUUUACAAUGUACACUUCAUCCAGUGAUUAUUUAUUUCAAAAAAAAAAGCAUUCUCAAGCACAAUUCCAAUUGUAUUAUUUAGGAUGAUAUGAUCAAUGAUGUAAACAUGGUUUAUAAAAUUAUUAUGGUUGUUUGCAAUGAUAUAAAAACAAAUUUGCCUUAAAUAAAAAACGUUGAACUAAAAUUGAAUUGAAAAAAUACUUUUUAGAUGGGUGUGCAGGUUAAUAUAAGAAUUGCAAAAAUAUGUCAAAUCCUUGUUUCCAUUGUGAAGAUUUUGGUUUUACUGCUAAAUGGAACUUUUUUGCAGCUAGUCAAAGAGAUAUGAAUAAUCAUAUUUUAUCUCCACAAACAGUGUAUAAAUAUUGCAAUGAAAACAUUGAAGGCAUAAAUUUCAUAUAUAUUUCAUCAGAAGAUUUAACUUUGGUGAGACUGCUAAUACAAUACCUGGAACACGUAGUUACCAUCAGCUUGUACCACUUGGCCAUCAAAAGGUAGGCACUAAACUAUGCAGUGUUGAUGAAGAAUUUGCUUUAAUUCAUGACUUGGGAAAUAUCCGGAUAACGGCUGUAAACCUUGUACCAGGUGAUUCCUAUGAGCAAAAGUGGUGGAUAGGAGUCAUUGAAGAUAUUAAUUUAGAAGAAAAAGAUGUGCUUGUAAAACUUAUGUGUCCUAAUAGUUGUGCACGGUCAUAUAAAUGGCCACCAAAGGAAAGCCAAUGCUGGAUUCCUGAUGUCCACAUUAUUUGCAAAGUUGAGGUACCGAUAAGAAAAACAGGACUUUGCUACUAUUUAGCCAAAGAGGACUUAAAAAAAAUUACUUUUCUAAGGAAGUAGAGUUUUAUAUUUAUGAUUCUAUUAUGUCUUAUCUAUUCUUUUUUAAAUAUUAUGUUUUGUGAACCAACUUGUAAAUA